CUCUUUUGCCUCCCUCCGCAGGGAGCAGGGGAGGAGGAGAAAGUGCCCGCCCAUUCCAGUCUUCCCCGGGGAUCGGGGCCGGAGGGACUUCCUGGACGGGCGCUGGGACCGGACCGCCGUCCCCCAUCGCUUUGCCGCCGCUGAAGCCCAGCAGCGCAGCCCACACGGUUGGUGGAAAUAAGCACACCAUGAAUGAGCAUCUACAUGUUACCAGCCAUGGGCAGAUCCAAGUUCAGCAGCUCUUUGAAGAUAAUAGUAACAAAAGGACGGUUCUGUCCACACAACCAAAUGGGCUUGCAACAGUAGCAAAAUCAGGACUGCCAGUGGUACAAGAUAGACAGCUUGAUAGCUGUCACAGGCGACAGGGGAGCUCCACCUCCUUGAAAUCUACUGAAGGGUCAGGAAAGAUAAAAGCUACUCCCAUGACUCCUGAGCAAGCAAUGAAGCAAUACAUGCAAAAGCUAACCGCCUUUGAGCAUCAUGAGAUCUUCAGUUAUCCUGAAAUAUAUUUCUUGGGUCCAAAUGCAAAGAAGAAGCAAGGUGUCAUUAGUGGUCCAAACAAUUGUGGAUAUGAUGAUGACCAGGGAUCUUAUGUGCACAUACCCCAUGAUCAUAUAUCAUAUAGAUACGAGGUUCUUAAGGUUAUAGGAAAAGGAAGUUUUGGACAAGUGGUAAAAGCAUAUGAUCACAAGACGCAUCAACAUGUUGCUCUGAAGAUGGUGAGAAAUGAGAAGCGUUUUCACCGCCAAGCUGCAGAAGAGAUUAAAAUUCUGGAACACCUUAAAAAACAGGAUAAAGAUAAUAACAUGAAUGUUAUACACAUGCUGGAGAACUUCACAUUCCGCAACCAUAUAUGUAUGACAUUUGAGUUGCUGAGCAUGAACCUUUAUGAGCUCAUCAAGAAAAAUAAAUUUCAGGGCUUUAGCCUGCCUUUGGUUCGUAAAUUUGCCCACUCCAUUUUGCAGUGCUUGGAUGCUUUGCACAAAAACAGAAUAAUUCACUGUGACCUUAAACCAGAAAACAUUCUGUUAAAACAACAGGGUAGGAGUGGCAUUAAAGUGAUUGAUUUUGGCUCUAGCUGUUACGAGCACCAGCGCGUCUACACGUACAUCCAGUCGCGUUUUUACCGUGCUCCUGAAGUCAUCCUUGGUGCUCGAUAUGGGAUGCCAAUAGACAUGUGGAGCCUGGGCUGCAUUCUCGCUGAGCUCUUAACAGGAUAUCCUCUCUUACCAGGAGAAGAUGAAGGGGAUCAACUGGCUUGUAUGAUAGAACUCUUGGGCAUGCCUUCCCAGAAACUACUGGAUUCAUCAAAAAGAACAAAAAAUUUUGUGAGCUCUAAGGGUUACCCCCGAUAUUGCUCCCUUACUACCUUGUCAGAUGGUUCUGUUGUGCUUAAUGGUGGCCGAUCCAGGCGGGGCAAAUUGCGCGGUCCCCCAGAGAGCAGAGAAUGGGGGAGUGCAUUGAAAGGAUGUGAUGAUCCGCUCUUCCUUGACUUCUUGAAACAGUGUUUAGAGUGGGAUCCAAUGCUGCGCAUGACACCCAGUCAGGCUUUACGGCACCCCUGGCUCAGGAGACGUUUGCCAAAGCCUCCAACUGGGGAGAAGACAUCCGCAAAAAGAAUAACAGAAAGCACUGGUGCUAUCACAUCCAUUUCCAAGUUACCUCCAACUUCAAACUCAGCUUCAAAACUGAGGACUAAUCUGGCACAGAUGACAGACGCCAAUGGGAAUAUUCAGCAAAGAACAGUGUUGCCAAAACUUGUUAGCUGAGGUUUAAAUAAUCCAAUGCUGUUUAAAAGAGAGAGAGAAAGGGAGAGCAAUUAUGUCACUGAGCCUUAUUCACAUGAAAAAGAAGCUCAGAUUUUUAUUUUUAUUUGAUCAGUAACUUUAAACAUUUGUAUUUUUUCAUUGAUUACUUUAAAUGUGUUAAGCACGGUUUUGAUUUUAUAAAAACAACAUGGGGACAAUGCUUUAAGUUUUUACACUUUUUUAAAUGAAAUGUUUCUCUUGUAAACAACAAUUAGCCUUAUAGAAUUAGUAUGGCACAAUGAUGUGUCAGUGGCAGGCCACUGGUUACUAUCCAAGGAUAACAUUUUUAGCUAGGUGUGGAAAGAAAGAGUGAAUGCCUUUUCCCCAUCAUGACUUUUCUUUGGAGUGAAUUUUACUACUUUUUAUCAUUGCUUUUGUUAUAGCAGUAGGUUCCAUUCCUGUAAGCAUUUAUCCAUAUUUUCAGCGAUGAUCUAGAAAAUAUUCAGGGUUAUAAGUGAGGUUUUGCAUGGCUGUUUGUAAUUCUGUCCGUAGUAUGGAUAACGCCACAUAAUAAUUGUUAAAAUACAGCAUCCAUAAAGGGCUUAAUUUGUGCUCCCACAACCCCUUUGGCAGUUCUCUAUCAAAUAUCCAGGACGAAAAAUAUUGGAAUUUGAAGGAAAUUUUCUAAAGGUGCAAUAUUUAUAUUACAAAAAAAAAAAAAAAUCAAAGCUGAGCUCAUUCUGCUGUUUGGCCAAUGUAAGAUUAACCAUGAACCAAAUAGCAUGAAAAUUGUGCUAUUUGGCAUAUUUAUGAACCUCAGAGAACAGUCCUGUAUCUGUUUACUUGGAAGCAGUUUCCACUCCUUUAAUGGAAAUAGAGGUCAAGAGCUUAAAUACCUUAGACUGCAACUCAACUCAAGAAAUAAGUCCCCUGAAUUAAGUUAGGCUUAUUCCUGAAUAGACAAGCAUAGAGACUGUGGCAGAGCGUUUGAGUCCCCGUUGGCAGCACAGAUGGAAGAGAGCAGUCACGUGGGAGGGGACAGAUCAGAAGGAUAGAAGGAUACUUCUUGCAUCUCUCUGCCUCCAAGAAGGCUUAUUGGGAAGAGG